AUGGGACGUGGGCAUAAGCGAACUGACGGAAGGCCAUGGCAUCAGUCGAGCCACCAAGGACAGCCGGACAGCAGAAGCGGCGGUGGACAUGCGGCAGAGGGCGGAUCUUCGCGAUCCUGGUCCUUUUGGUCUGGAGCCUGGAAGUCCUCGCCCCGUCAAGGCCAGAAGCCGGAGAAGCCUGCCUUUCCGGCCUACGAUGUAGGCUGGAAGAAUGCCGCAGAACUGAUGGAGGUGAGCUCCUCUUCAGGCCGUGGAGGAGCAAACCCUGCCAAUGUUGGUGGCAUCGUACAGGACGUGCAGGCCGCCAUCAACCAUGCGCGGAAGAUCGAGCAGCGUCUGCACAAACUGCAGAAGGAGUCCCUCCAGAAAGGGAAUGCAUGGGAUGCUUGGGUUCGGGAGAUGAGGCUGACCUACGCGAAGGAGCUCGAGCGCCACCGAGGAGAGCAGAAACGACUGGCGGCGGACAUCAGGGAGCUCGAGGAUUUGACCCAUGCCGCGUACGUCAGUGUCCAGCAGGCGGCACUUCACCAACGUGCCGCGGAGAAAGCCGAACCCCCGCCCCUAGAGUGGGAAGAGGCGAUGGAGAUCGACGACGACCUUACAGAGGACCAGACCAGAGCAGAGCUCAGGAGAAUGAUCCAGGCAGCAGAAGUCACGCCGAAGCGUGGGACAGGAGCCCCACCACAUUCCCCGCCACGGAGCUCGGCCUGGCCGGGGACAGAAGAGGCACCCAUGACUGCUGUCACCGAUGUGUACCCUACGCCUCCUGGUCUCGCCGACACGGUUGCCCGGGCAAAUGCUGUCAAUGCGCUGGACCCCCGCACUCCGGUUGCGCCCUCCUCACAUGGACAAAGCGCCUUGGCUGCCAAGCUCUCGGACAAGCGCAGAGCGUGCAGGCAAGCAAUGGCACCAUUUGGGCUGGGCCGGACUGGAACGACGCCAGCGCCGGAUCCUGGGCAAGAGCCUCCUGGUGCCAUGCCUCCGGAGAUUCGCACGGGCCUUAUCCACGACGACCCCGACGAGCUGGCUGCUUCUGGGCCCUUGAAAGACCGCUGGAGGGAUGUGAGUGGAUGGGGACUUCGAUGGGGAAGUCCUCCUCCCCCGGCCCCCUCGGUCAAUGCCGAUCAUGUGAGCAGGUCGUCCUUCGGGUGCCAGGCCUUGCUCAAGUGCCUCAGCUUCUUGCUUUCCUUGGGGCGCCGAGUGGGCAAUAUCAUGGUCUCCGGACUCUUUGCUGCAUGCGUUGAGCUUUGA